AAUCCGCUAUAGAUUCUUCAUUGGGCCUACACUGUCGAUCUCCCUAGACUUUCAGGAUCUGGUCAUGGUGGCUUCAGUUACUUUCUGUGACAACGCUGACUCAUGUGAUUCGGAUAUUGAAUGGUAUGAAUGCGGUCAUUCGUUAUGUUCCAAAAUGAGGCUGAAAACUUCUGAUUCGGAAUACUUCGAUGCUGUUUCCAGUACGUGUAUAUGCAACGGUGAUGAUAUUGUAUCACGGAUACAACCACACAAGGAAGGCUGCUCAUCCCAUGGGUGCUCGGAUGAUGGUCAUUGUUCUUCAUCCAGAUGUAACUCAACCAAUAGGGCCGGUCCACUUGUUGCAAUGGAAGAAAGCUGUGAAUCAAUGAACACUAGUGGUGACAAUCAUCAGUCAUGCAGUGUUGGAGGGAUCCAUUGCCAGGAUAAUAGUUAUGCUGGAUAUGCUCAAGUCACUUCUGUGAGUGGUUGGAUGUACGUUAAUGAAUGUGGGCAAAUGUGUGGUCCCUACAUUGAGGAACAGUUACAUGAAGGUUUAUCAACUGGGUUCUUACCCGAAGAACUUCUAGUCUAUCCUGUUGUUAAUGAGACUCUACUAAAUCCUGUACCUUUGAAGUACCUCAAGCAGUUCCCUGAGCAUGCUAAUACAGGUUUUGCAUAUUGGACUCCAAGGAUUACCUCCACCUUAGCAAGUGAGCCUUCAAAUGGUCAUACUUCUUGUAGUAACGGUGCACCAGCCAUUGGACGAGUUGAAUCUGUUGGAUAUGCUUUUUCCUCCACUGUGUGUCCUGAAUCACUAUGUGCACCCAAAUCUUGUGUUAAUUACAGUAGUUGUAGCUCGGAGACACAAAAUCCAAACUCUGAAGUAAUGAAUUGGGUGUCAUUGAACAUACCAUUGUCGCAAUCAACCGAGGAAUUGUGUUGGGUAUUUGAGGAUAAUGAGGGAAGAAAACGUGGUCCACAUUCAUUUGCAGAACUUUAUUCUUGGCAUCGCUAUGGAUAUCUUCAUGAUUCAUUGAUGAUAUUUCAUGCAGAUAACAAGUUUCACCCCUUUCCUCUAAUAUCUAUGGUAAAUGCAUGGCAAGUGGAGAGUCCUCAGAAUGUUUCCGUGGAUGAGAUUCAACAUAAUUAUAGCAGCUCUUUCAUAGGUUUCAUAUCUGAAAUAUCGGAAGAAGUUUGUAUCCAAUUACAUAGAGGGAUCAUGAAAGCAGCUUGGCGUGUGGUGGUAGACGAGAUAGUUAGUAGCAUCAUACCCGAGUUUUUGGCUGUGAAGAAAUCUCAGAAACUGCUCAAACAGGAGCCUGCUAAUCAGUCUGGGUUUACCAAGGAAAGGAAGAAGUCCACUGGCUCUGGAAAUGAAUUUUCUGGGUCCCUUUCUGUGUCAGAUCUGAUUGUUCCUGUUUGUAAAGCAUCUAUAGAAUCUCCAGCGAGUACAAGUGCUGUUGGGAGUAUUCAAACUUUCUUUGGGGCAUUAUCACUAAGCCAGAGAAUGCUUUUUGAUUCUUGUAUGCAAGUUAUGUGGAAUGCUGUGUUCUAUGAUCCUGUAGCUCACUAUUCUUGUGCCUGGCGGAAAAGAAGGCGUUGGUCUGGGUAUCCUCUAUUACCAUCUGCUGUAGCGGCUCUUGAACAGGAUGUGCUUAAGGAUUUCAUGGGCAUACAUGGGAAGCCUACUGCUGUGCCUGUGCAACCAGAGGAGUCUGUUACUUGUGAGGUUGAUUGUCGUCCUGGUUUUCAACCGGCGGUGGUAAGCACUGAUAUUCAUGAUAAAUCAUCUUCAUUUUCCUCUUGCGUGGAAGAAGUGCCUCAGAAACUGGACUGUCUUCCUUGCUUGAGCCAAAACCAUGUUGAUAUGGGGUAUAUCCAGGAAAAAAUAGAAAAUGCGCUGCAUUUAUCAAUGAUGGCGGCAUUGGUUGAGCAUUUCAAAACAUUGAUAGAGGUGGAAGUGAUAAAAUUAUCCUAUUCUGUUCCAGAAAACAAACAUAAUGAGGCUGAUGUUUGUAAUGACAAGCAUUCUUCAGGAACCUGUCAGUAUUCUGAGUCUCGUGGAUUUGAUUCUCUCAAUAUGCCUACUGACUGGAGGAAGAAGCUCACUGGUAUUUUUGCAGAAAAUGUUUCCUUGGAUGUUUCCCAAACAGCAGGGUUUGCAGCAAGAUAUCCUCUUCAUUCAUUCACUUCUCCAUCUGAAAGUUCUCCUUCAUUUCGUUUUAGAAGUGCAUUUGAAAGGAUGUGCUUGCCCGUAGCUGAUACGGUUGAUGACAAAGAGAUGAAUGUACCCCCACCCCCUGGUGUUGAAGAUGUUUCCAGACCUGUUGUUCCUUCAGAGAAUAUCAAAUUCCGACCAUCAAUAUUGAAUGAAUGCAUUCCUCAGGUUAGCAAAUAUGUGACCAUGGCAAUAUGCCGACAAAGGUUGCACAUUGAUGUGCUUAAAGAAUGGAGAUCGUCACUUUUUGAAGCUGUUCUUCGUCAAUGUUUCCUUUCGUGGUGUGCAUUGAGAAAAAAAUAUGAAUCCAAUGCCUCUGAGGAAACACUUGACGACCGACCGAGGCAGUGGCACCGAGUAGGCUCAUCUGAUGAAUCUUUGGUGCUUGGUAAAUAUACAUAUUUCCGUAAGAAAAAAAAUGGACGCAACAAGCUAGGCCCGUUAUCGGAAUUAAUAUCUUCUGGGGACAAUAGAUUGCCAAAUCUAGGCAUGGACAAUUUGGGGAAUGACAAGAUUCCCAAAAUUCCAUCCGAAGCAGUAACAGUGGAAAGAGUAAAUGUGAAUUUUCAAAAUAAAGUCGGUAAACGUAAAGCUGAAUCUCCAGUAAAUGGUAUAAGAUUGCCUGAGGACUAUUCACCAGCAAAUUCUGCUCGUAUGUUGAGGAAGAAAACACGUGUUAAUCAAAAGCAUGAAGUGGUCAUCACAAAUCGUAAGGAAUGCCAGUGGGAAAGGGGCACAGCUUCAAGUGUGGAGCCUGGACACAUUGAUAAGGUCGUAGAUUGCAUUGGACGUGGUCUUACAUUUCAGAGAGAGAGUGUUAGCUGGCUCAAGUCCAAAAAGACACCAAAAUCAACUAAGGAAUCAUAUAGGAAUAGAGAACUUCUAGUGCAUGGCGUUCCACUGGAUCCUGCUAAGGUUUUGAAACCACCUUUAUCGGUCAUGGCUAAGAAAGCACAAAAUAGACAAGCAGUAAGGAAGGUCAAGUCUACUAUGUUCAAAAAAUCAAAUCCAUGCCCUGAAUCUGAUGGCUGUGCUCGGUCUUCAAUUGAUGGUUGGGAAUGGCAUAAAUGGUCCCUGAAUGCAAGUCCUGCCGACAGAGCUCGUGUUAGAGGAACCCAAUUUGUGCACACUCAAUAUUUAGGGUCGGACGUUAGUGUAUCUCAGUGUUCAAAUGCAAAAGGCCUUUCUGCAAGAACUAAUAGGGUUAAGCUCCGUAAUCUUCUUGCUGCUGCAGAUGGUGCUGAUCUUUUGAAAGCUACUCAGUCAAAGGCAAGAAAAAAGCAUAUACGAUUCCAAAGGAGCAAGAUACAUGAUUGGGGUCUUGUUGCCCUCGAGCCUAUUGAAGCGGAGGACUUCGUAAUUGAAUAUGUUGGUGAAUUGAUUCGUCCGCGGAUAUCAGACAUACGUGAACGCCAAUAUGAAAAGAUGGGAAUUGGCAGCAGUUACCUGUUUAGAUUGGAUGACGGCUAUGUGGUUGAUGCUACAAAGCGGGGUGGAAUUGCAAGAUUUAUAAAUCACUCAUGUGAGCCUAACUGCUACACCAAGGUUAUCAGUGUUGAUGGUCAGAAGAAGAUCUUUAUUUAUGCAAAGAGGCAGAUAUCUGCUGGUGAAGAAAUCACAUAUAAUUACAAGUUCCCAUUAGAGGAGAAAAAGAUUCCUUGCAACUGCGGUUCUAAGAGGUGUCGUGGGUCAAUGAAUUAAGAUGUCAGAAAUGCUGUUACACCUGACUCGUGCAAUAGGGUUUACACAUAUUGCACAGAUGCCUCUACUGGAUUAAGGCGUACAGCGAAUUGCCUGGACAAACACCAAUGAGCUCACUACCGUCUUACUGGAGCAGGCUGCUCUGGUUAAGUUGCCUAGCAUCCGUGCUUGCUAUUGGAAAGCUUUGUCCUUGCUUCCUGUCUUGCAGAAAUUGUAACUGUUAAUCAAAGAGACAAGAUGAUAUGCACCAAAGUUCUUCUGGCUUUUAUCCCUCGUAUGUUAGACAUUGUGCCAUGCUGCCUUCUGUCCCGAAAAGCAGUUGGAUUUGGGCCUGGUCGUUUUCAGGCUGAGAAUUACGUCUGCCAUUCGAGAGUGACGAAUUACAGUUCAUGUACCUUCAUGUAGAUGGUCUCAUUUGCAGAUGAGUUUCUCCACUUAACUGUAAAUCGGUUUACCAAUUUCUCAUUCCACGCUUGGAGCUGUUGGAAUUGCAAGUCUCUGUAUGAGUACAUUCCUUACAUCUUUGAGUUACUGUGAAAUAAUGAAGGAAUAUUUGAGAUUCC